UUCCCGUUCCAAUUGGAAGCCGUUGUUACUGGAGCGCCAUGUUAGCACAAACAAAAGAAACAACUUUAAUGGGUUCAUAACAAUUCACGGCAAGCAGGAAAACAAUGGCGGAAUAUAACAUGCUUCUCAUAUUUUCAUAAACCGAAGCUUUCCAGAAUGCCUUUUCCAAUAACCAAUCAGGUGCAAACGGCCCAGCAGAUCCCGAAACACUAUGGGAUCACAUCUCCCAUCAGCCUGGCACAGCCGAAAGACGCAGAUCUCGUCCUCACUCGGAAGCUGACGGAGACGCUCCGACCUUUCGGAGUCUUUGAGGAAGAGCUGGAGCUUCAGCGAAGAAUUCUAGUGCUUGGAAAAUUAAAUACGCUGGUUAAGGAGUGGAUCUGUGAAGUCAGUGAAGCUAAGAAUAUUCCAGCUGCAGCGAUUGACAACGUUGGCGGAAAAAUCUUCACUUUCGGAUCCUAUAGGCUUGGAGUUCAUACCAAGGGUGCUGAUAUCGAUGCUCUGUGCGUCACUCCCCGUCAUGUGGAAAGAACAGAUUUCUUUUCCUCCUUUUAUGACAAAUUGAAGGAGCAGGAAGAAGUCAAAGAUUUGAGGGCGGUGGAGGAAGCGUUUGUUCCUGUGAUAAAGCUGUGCUUUGAUAGCAUCGAGAUUGACAUACUGUUUGCCCGGCUGGCGCUGCAAACCAUUCCAGAAAACCUGGAUUUGCGAGACGACAGUUUAUUAAGAAACCUGGACAUUCGCUGCAUUCGAAGCUUGAACGGUUGCAGAGUGACGGAUGAGAUUCUACAUCUGGUGCCCAACAUUCAGAACUUCAGACUGACUCUCAGAGCCAUCAAACUGUGGGCCAAACGUCACAAUAUCUACUCGAACAUCUUGGGUUUUCUGGGCGGCGUGUCGUGGGCUAUGCUGGUUGCAAGGACCUGCCAACUUUACCCCAAUGCUGUGGCCGCCACCCUGGUCCAUAAGUUCUUCUUGGUUUUCUCAAAGUGGGAAUGGCCAAACCCAGUUCUUCUGAAACAGCCUGAAGACUGCAAUCUCAACCUGCCAGUCUGGGAUCCGAGGGUGACCCCUAGUGACCGGUACCACCUCAUGCCGAUCAUAACACCAGCCUAUCCCCAGCAAAACUCCACCUACAAUGUCUCAGCGUCCACCCGAGCCAUCAUGGUGGAAGAGUUCAAGCGUGGUCUCGCCAUCACCGAUGAAAUAUUGCUGAAUAAAGCAGAUUGGUCCAAACUAUUUGAAGCACCAAACUUCUUUCAGAAAUACAAGCAUUAUAUAGUGUUGCUAGCAAGUGCACAGACAGAGAAGCAGCACUUAGAAUGGGUGGGCCUCGUGGAGUCAAAGAUCCGAAUCCUGGUGGGAAGCCUGGAGAAGAAUGAGUUCAUCACACUUGCCCACGUUAAUCCGCAGUCGUUCCCGGGAGCAAAAGAGGGAAAUGAAAAGGAGGAGUUCACUACAAUGUGGGUAAUAGGGAUUGUGUUCAAAAAAAUGGAGGGAUCAGAAAAUCUUAACGUGGAUCUGACGUUUGACAUCCAGUCUUUUACAGACACAGUUUACAGACAGGCCAUCACCAGUAAGAUGUUUGAACAGGACAUGAAAAUCACAGCCAUGCAUGUGAAGAGAAAACAACUCCAUCAGCUGCUGCCCAAAGUUUCCAUUCCCAGGGGCAAGAGAAAGCAUUUGUCUGAUGGCCUGCGUGCGAUGAAUGAGGGCAGUCUCGAUCUAUCGGUUGACAGUGACAACAGCAUGUCAGUGCCGUCCCCCACUGGAGCUUCAACUGCCAGGUGUGCCCGUGCCACCAGUCCUCAGGGCUCCAUCGUGUCAGGCGCCUCAGAGUCGCAGGGUAAAACUGAUGUUUUGAGUGGAAGCACAGAGCCGGCUGCUGGGGAUGGCAACGUGGGCACUGCAAGCAAGAAACCCAAAGUGGACGACAGUGUAGAGCAGAACCCUCAGUCGAGUCCCUGUUUAUCAUCUGAACCUGCCGAGGAGAGACCUGACUCACCCCUCGAGAAUAAGAUGUCGGAGGAAGCCAAAGCAGAGGACCACUCAGCACUAGAAGAAGAGUCCUCCGGUGAUGCUAACUGCCACGUAGCAGUGGAUCCAGUGACGGGUGAAACGGAUCCUUCAGAGGCUGAACCCACAAUGGAGACUGAAGUAACGGAGAUGAACACAGCAGAGAUGAUGACUCCCAGCCAGAAAGCAGCCAAUGCGGAUCUGUCGGACGUUCCGAUUCUCCCGUCGAACCCCAUCGCUGUGGUGAAGAACUCUAUCAAGCUGAGACUCAGCAGAUAGAACUGCAGUCCUCUGCUUCUCAUACUCAGGAGGCCAACGUUUGGUCGCGUUCCGGCCACGUUCGACGCGGCUCUCCACUAGGGGGCAGCUCUGUUCUUCCACAAACUUCCCUGUGCCCUCUCCCUUCCUCCCCCUUCCCGAUACAAUGCAAAAAAAGUCACACCCGACAACCUCAAUGUGAUUCAUAAUUGUGUUCGUGUGAUUAGGUGCACAUGCUUUGUAAAUCAACCACAUCCCUUUGUUCGACCUUAAAGACAAUGACGCUUUGCUUUUUUCUCUUUUUGUUGGUAAAUCAAUAAAGAGGCUUGUCAUUUUAUUCCAGGGUACAGUCGGUCCACUGGCGACCAGUCCAUCAUAUUGUACAGAGCUGAAGGUGUUAGAUGAGCAUCAAACUGCGCUCGGUAGGUGGAGAUGCAUUGAAUCAGCGUGAAUUAAUGACGAUAUUGAUCUGACGUGAGAAAUGCAUCGAACCAGAUCAGGCUGAGAUUAGCGUUCGUGUCAUUUUUUGCCUUUGGCAUUAGAUCAGGUUGUUAGGAGUGGGAUAGCUACUUUUCCCAGGAUGCUCGGAUUCCAGUGAUCUCCGCUAACUGACCAGCGCUGGCUGUUAAUUUAGAUGGCGGGUGUAUGUAUAUAUAUAUUAUAUAUAUAUUCAUGGAAAUCUAAAUAAUAAAUAAUGACAGUUUUAUGUGCUUAGUUUUCCUAUUAAAAUGCUGUUUUAUCCCUAAUGUGGAAUCAAAAGUGCAUUUUGAAUGACUAACAUCGGUAAAAUGGCACUUCAACUUAUUACCGUUCACCUGAUUUUGAGGUUGUGGAUGUGAGAAAUUUAAUUUGAAUUUAGCUGUAAUGAUGUCUUUUGGGGCCGACGAGUGAUUUCGUUUAUUUUGAAAACUUUUCUUACUCUGUUUUGCUGAUUUUGUCAGAGACACGUUUUGUCUUGUUGGUCUGUGUUAACUGUGGAUUUGUGUACGAGUAAAUCUGCCGACCCAGGAGCACUGUCACAGCACAGAUUCACGUCUGUAUAACGCCUUCGACGGCCUUGCGAUGUUCUUUCCGUUCUUUCAUACGCUUAUUUGUAAGGACAAGGUAUUGUACUUUUUCACAAAUAAAGAUCUACAUGGUUGCAAAAGAAA